UGCAGCUGGGGAUCCCCACACGCGCCCAUACUCGCUGUGGUGGGCGGCUAACAGCGUGGAAAAGCAAACGGCUAAAGUGAAAGCUUAUUGCAACCUGAAGCCAGUGCAGAUCAGAUCACGGGAUUUCCACGGGGGGUUCGGCUGGUCACUUAAGCUUUGACCGUCACUGAGUGACUUCGAGCGAUGGAGACAUCCGUGUGGGACGCUUAAAGUAUUUACAGCAGAUCCUUUUCCUGGGAGGGGUAGUUCAGCGAAAGGGGGGACGGACUGGCUUGAAUAAAUCAACACCAAACUACACUUCCCAGGAUUUGCUGAAGGAAACCAUGGCAGUGAGAACAUGAAGAGAUAUAAAUUUGAAAUAAAGUCAAAAUCACUCCUAGGAUUAGAUAGAAAAUACAUAUGGGAAGGGGGGAGAUGAUCCACUAAACACAACGGUGUGGGUUCUCUGUAAUGUGUCUUGAGUCUCACAGAGAAAAUGCAGAUGACAAAUGAAAUAACUGAGACACAAGGGGAAUUUGUUAAAGUGAGGAAGAAAACGCUGGAGAGGCUGACAACUGAAGUGAUGCAAUUACAUGACAUUUUGCCCCAGGUCCUGACUAGUGAUAUUGUGGAGAACUUUCAGAAGUUGGAUGUGGUUGAAGGAAUAGUAGACAAGAAAGAACAUGAACUAGAACAGCUGAGAAUGGAUUGUGAACACUUUAAAGCCCGCCUGGAAGCAGCCCAAGCAGAUUGUAUGAAAGAAAGAAAGGAAAAAUUAACUGUUCGACAGCAGCUGAAUGAAGCAAAGCAGCAAUUAUUGCAGCAAGCAGAAUAUUGUACAGAGAUGGGCGCUUCAGUAUGCACAUUGUUAUGGAGUGUUUCUAGCAAUGAAGAAGCAGUUAAAAGCAUUCUUGGAAGUAGUAAAGCUGAAAAGUUUUUUAGUAUUGCUGGACAAACAAUGGAGAGUUUUGUGAGAUCACUUGGUGAAGAUACCAAACAACAAGACGUCGAUUCAGAUGAAAGUCAGUUUGUGUUAGCUUUGGCAGGUAUAGUUACAAAUAUUGCUGCUUUAGCAUGUGGUCGUGAAUUUCUGGUUAGUUCAAAUAAGGUGUUGUUGGACACAAUGAUGCACCUUCUCGGAGACCUGAAGCCGGGAUGUUGCACCAAGCUGAAAGUGUUAAUGAUGAUGUCUUUAUACAAUGUAAGUAUCAACGUGAAAGGCUUGAAGUACAUCAGUGAAAGUCCUGGGUUCUUUCCAUUACUCUGGUGGCUUCUGAAUGAUCCAGAUCCAGAAGUAUGCCUUCAUGUGCUACGACUUCUCCAGUCUGUGAUUUUGGAGCCAGAGGUUUUGGCCAAGUCAGCUGGCAAGAUACGUGACACUAUGCCAUUGCCACGUAUUCUCAUGCUGUCGAAGUGCCGUAAUGGAGAUCUCCAAGUGCUGGCACAAGAACUGCUUGAGGACAUGAAAGUAUUAGAGUGUGAAAUAUAAAAGUGCAUUUGCUAUGACAUUAUCUUUUGAACCUUUAAGAUUAUUUUGAGUUUUGUGGUUGUCUGUAAAACACUGUAGUUCAUUUUAACAUUGAGAAACUAGCAUUUGAGAAACUGUCUUUUUUGCAUGUGCAGGAGAAGCUCAUUCCGUCAUAGCUAGAAGUAGCAUGCAUCAGGUUUUAUAUGGUAACCACAUGAUAACAACCCUGUUAGUAAUGUUGUGCAAAAGCUGAUGUUAUAGCUUUGCCAAAAGUUGGUUAAAAAAAAUUAAUAAUAGUUCUAAUGUGUCUAUUCAAUUUCUGGAUAAAAUCAAGUGCCUCUU